AUGUCGGGACUGGGCGGUUUGAGAGGCGUCCCAGCCACUCAAGAUGCGCGCUUCUCAGAUAAGCAAAAGAAGGCUUUGAAGGACCUUAUAAAGGCUGGCAAGGUUCCAAAGGAACUUGAACUUAAGGUUGACCUUAAAAAGGUUAACUGGCCGGUCAUGAAGGAAUGGAUUGCCAAGCGCGUGACGCAGCUGCUCGGGGGUCUGGAGGAGGAGGUCCUCAUCGGGAUGGUUUACAACUUCCUAGAGGACCCUGAGAUGAACGGGAAGAUGCUGUAUGUCAAUUUGCUGCCCUUCCUGGAGAAGAACACGUCCUUGUUUUGCAAGGAGCUGUGGGUGCUGCUGCACAGCGCGAACCAGACGGCGUCGCGCAUCCCCCAGGAGAUGCUGGACGCGGAGGCCGAGCGACAGCGGCAGCAGCGGCAGCAACAGGAAGCAAUCCAGGCGGAGUUGGAGCGGCGGCGGAUGGCGCAGGAGGCGGAGCGGGCGGCUCAGCUGCUGGCCAUCCAGCAGAGACUAGCCGAACGUCAGUUCGCCGAGCCCGGCGACGGCGGCGGUGGCGGCCGCGAUGCUGGGGUCAAGGGGGAAGCCGCCGACGCCAGCGGCGGCGGCGGUGGCGACGCUCAGGCUCUGCCGCCGCCGCCACCGUUACCAUCGCAGCAGCAGCAGCAACAGCAGCGCGGCGACCGCCGGGAGCGGCGCGGGUGGGAGCCACGUGACCCGGAGCCGUCGGGGCCGCCGCGGGAGCGGGAGCGGGAACGGCAUCGAUGGGAGCCUCGGGACCCCGAUGGUCAUCCGCCGGCGGCGGCUCCGCGGCGGGAGCGGAGAGGCUGGGAGCCGAGGGAACCAGAACCCGACCCAAGGGACCGUGAUCGGCACCGCGCGGCCCGGCCGAGCCGGUGGGACUCUGGACGGAGCGGCCGGGAGCGCGAGCGGGAAGACCGGGAGCGUGAGCAGCAGCGGCCCAGCCGUUGGCGGUCCCCGGAACGCCGCCGCGCACCUGAAGCCCCGCGGCGGCGCUCACAAGAACGAGACCGGGAUCGGACCCGGAACCGGUCGCGGUCCCGGUCGCGUUCAUCGUCUCGUUCACCGUCGCGAUCCCGCUCCCGGUCGCCGCCGCGGUCGCCAUCGCGAUCCGUUUCGCCCUCUCCUGACCGCCGCCGCCGGUCGAAAUCUCGGUCACGAUCGCGGUCACGAUCGCGGUCGCGGUCCAGGUCGCGGUCCCCAGGGCGGCGCGAGCGCAGUCGGGAGCGGAUCGGCGGACGCAUGCGGGCACUGGCAAAGCGGAGCCGCAGCCGUUCGGUUUCGGAGGAGCCGCCGCAGCAGCACGCGCCAGUGGUGGAGCGCAGCCCUGUGAGGUCGCCGGAGCGGCGCAUGAAGGAGGACGCCCCUUCGCCACUUCGGGACGUGGAGCCCAUGGAAACCCAGGCUGGGGAUCAGCCGGCAGUUGGCCGUGGCGGUCGUGACAAUGACAAGGACCGCAGCCGCUCCAAGAAGGAGAAGAAGGAGCACAAAAAGGACAAGAAGAGCAAGCACAAGAAAGACAAGAAGAGCAAGCGUGAGCGACGCGAAGCGGCCGAAGAUGAUGACGACAGGCGUCGUGGAUCUGCAGAUGACACCGGCGUGGCAGGCGCAGACAGCGAUGGCGAACCGUCCGAUCCGGAGCUGGCAGAGCUCCGGGCCAAGGCUUUGCAGUCGGCGCGGAGCUACUGA